AGUAGUGAGCCAAAUAGGAUUGCAAUCAUCAGCCAAGAAUAUCUCAUAGGGAUCUGUUGUUUCGACUUCGAAAGAAAAACUUAAUUAAACGAAGCCCCACAAAUUUGAUCCAUAUCACUCCAUAUUUAUCUCGCCGUCGUAUGGAAAUGUGACUCAGCCGUGCUUAUGGACGGAACCACGACUAUAAACAGUAGAGAGCUCGUCAAAGCCUUCCUUUGACCCAACUGUUUCGCUGAAAUAUUAACCCCCUUUUACUCCAGCCCUAUUCGAAGAUUUAUGCUUCGUCAUCUCUUCCUUACGUCAAUGGCUUCCACAACUGGCACUGCUUCCAUUUCCCAAAUGCUCGGAUUAAAGAAUGAAAGUUUGGGGCGCUUAAACCGUCAGAAGGCGGGCGCAGCUUUUACGAAAAAGAAGAGUGUAGUUAUCCGAGCAGUGAUGGCUCCGACGCAGCCUCAACAGCGCUCCCCUGCCUCCACCGGAUCCGUGAGGCACGCCAUGACCAUGACAGAAAAAAUCUUGGCAAGGGCCGCGGAGAAGUCUACAUUGAGCCCCGGGGAAAAUGUGUGGGUGAAUGUGGAUAUGCUAAUGACUCAUGACGUUUGUGGCCCUGGAACCAUCGGCAUUUUCAAGAAAGAGUUCGGCCCCCAGGCUAAGGUGUGGGAUCGUGAAAAGAUUGUUAUAAUACCUGACCACUAUAUAUUUACUAAUGAUGAACGUGCAAAUAGAAAUGUGGAUAUAAUAAGAGAUUUUUCUCUGGAGCAGAAUAUCAAGUACUUUUAUGACAUCAAAGAUCGUAGUGACUUCAAGGCAAAUCCAGAUUAUAAAGGAGUUUGCCACAUUGCUCUUGCUCAAGAAGGCCAUUGCAAACCUGGUGAGGUUCUCUUUGGGACAGAUUCACACACAUGCAAUGCGGGUGCAUUUGGGCAGUUUGCAACUGGAAUUGGAAAUACUGAUGCAGGAUUCAUAAUGGGUACUGGUAAAUUAUUAAUAAAGGUACCACCCACUUUGAGAUUUAUUUUGGAUGGAGAGAUGCCACAUUACCUGCUUGCAAAGGAUCUUAUUUUACAGAUUAUUGGUGAAAUAACUAUAUCUGGAGCAACAUACCGAGCAAUGGAAUUUACAGGUUCGACAAUUGAAAGACUGACGAUGGAAGAUAGAAUGACAUUAUGCAACAUGGUUGUUGAAGCGGGAGGGAAGAAUGGUGUUGUUGCAGCAGAUAAGAUAACUUUUGAUUAUCUUGAGGGAAAGACAACAUCUAGUUUUGAACCACAAUAUAGCGAUGAAGCAGCCAGAUAUUUCAAAGAAUAUAGGUUUGAUGUUUCCAAAUUAGAACCAUUAGUUGCAAAGCCUCACUCGCCUGAUAAUCGUGCUUUAGCAAGGGAAUGCAGGCAUGUUAAGAUAGACAGAGUCUACAUUGGUUCAUGCACUGGUGGAAAGACGGAAGACUUUUUGGCUGCUGCUAAACUGUUGUCUUCUUCGGGACAAAAGGUCAAAGUGCCGACCUUUUUAGUACCUGCCACUCAAAAGGUGUGGAUGGAUCUCUAUACUCUUCCUGUACCAGGAGCCAAUGGAAAGACGUGCGCCGAGAUUUUUGAGGAAGCAGGUUGUGAUACCCCAGCAAGUCCUAAUUGUGGAGCUUGCCUAGGGGGACCUAGAGAUACAUAUGCCCGCAUGAAUGUACCUCAGGUUUGUGUUUCCACUACAAAUCGGAACUUUCCUGGGAGAAUGGGUCAUAAGGAAGGUCAAAUCUAUUUGGCUUCUCCAUAUACAGCAGCAGCAUCAGCUCUCACUGGAUUUGUUACUGAUCCAAGAGAUUUCUUAUAAUUAUGAAUGAAACCUUUAUAUUUGAGAUGAAGUUUUAUGCAUUUCAAAUCUAGCUACAAGAUAUAAUUUUCUCUAAGUCGACCUUAGUGUCAUUACAGAAAUCAAAUUGUUUAUUUAUAUUCCAUGAAAAACAUUUGGCGGUAUUUUAUUAUUUAUUUUAUACGUUCCUUGACUCUUUUAA